UUAGAACGAAAGCGACAAAUGAGCAUGCCAACAAGUUCCUUAAUAAGGGAUUAUCCUAAAUAUAAAAUUGAAAAAAAUAAAAUAAAAAAAAACAUUAAAUAAUGAACCUAAAGUGGUCUUUCUAUUCCAAGUUGUGUGAAAGAAGACACUGUAAGAAGCCUGGAGUCUGGACACAUAAAAAGUCACAUUUAUGCAAAAUUGACAGUACCAAUUAUGGUUUACCGGUCAAUUACCUUCAUAACAAAUAGAAGGUGGACACUCACAUCAUCUGGCUCCGGGGGCGAGUCAGUGUUGCGUAAAGGAUGGCAGCGAGGAGUGGCGCAGGAUGAGUUUAAAUAGCUGCGCGCACAAACUUUACCACAACACAACUUCUUCAUUUUUCCAAACUGAUUUUAUGCGCGCUGUGAAGAUGCGUUGCGCACUUUCCAACCUGCAAAGGCUGCACUCCUCCCUUUUUGUGCUGUGGCUCACUGCCCUCCAGGGAUUCAGUCCGGCAGAUGCUGCUCCCAAUCCUUCUCCCCUUCUGGGCUCCAACUGGGGGAACCCGCGGAGAUUCAUCCACCUUCAGACCACUUCAGACUUGAACAACUUCUACUUGGAGAUCAGCCCGAAUGGACAUGUGCGCAAAACUACAAACCGAGGAUCCUACAGUGUAAUUUUAUUGAAAGCAGAGAGCAGAGAUUGUCUUGCAAUAUUUGGGGUCAAAAGUAACCGAUUUUUGUGUAUGGACGCAGGAGGGACUCUUUUCACAUCUACGGUCUGUAAUAAGGCAGACUGUCUUUUUCAUCACAAACUUUUGGAAAACCAUCACGACGUGUACUACUCCACCAAGAAUGGCGUACUGUUGAACCUGGAUGGGGCAAAACAGGUGUUUACAGCCGGCGAAAAUCUCCCUCAGUCGUCUCUAUUUUUAUCAGAAAAGAACACGGUUCCACUGGAGCGCCUUCAGCACCGGGAGAGGAGAAACCGGCAGGUGAAUCCAUCAGACCCGCUGAAUGCGCUCCGGUACGGAGAAGCGUCCGACUCGAGAGCGGCUCAAGAGGACGAUGGAGACUUUGACUUCGAGCCAUCAGAGCGUCGCAACAUCUCCAGAGAAACUCUCGUUUCUCCUUCCGACGAUGACCCUUGGGAUCUUCUUCAUGAAACGAGCCCCAGCAGCCCUCGGAUCUCAGGAAAUGUUGGAUAAAGUUAAUCAUCCUCCAUGGA